AAAACCUAAACCAUCAAAGAAAAUAAAUAUCAAUUAAAGUAGAUGAAACUACAAAAUGGCAACUUUCGAUACAAUUUUUUAUGUUACAACCUUAAUUUGUAUGGUUGCAAGUCAACGCUUAACAGUAACAAUACCUGAUCAAGGGACAAUCAUUGGCAAGGAUAUAUCGAUGAUACGAACUCAACGAAUAAAUGCAUUUUUGGGUAUUCCAUACGCCCAGCCGCCUCUGGUAUCGUUACGAUUUUCUCCACCUGAUACAUCAUCGUUACCAUCUUGGGGGGGAGUUCGUAAUGCUACGGAGUUUAUGCCAGGAUGUAUGCAAACCGAAACGUCAUAUCAAAAAGAUCAAAUUGUGUUCUUAAAAUUAUUCCCAAACGAAAAGUUGGAAAUGAGUGAAGAUUGUCUGUAUUUAAAUGUAUUCGUACCUUAUGGUUUGGUUCCUCCAGAAGGUUUUGCGGUAAUGGUUUGGUUACAUACUGGAAAUUUUAGUGCUGGAAAUCCAGCUAUAUGGAAUCCGUAUACUUUGGUUUUCAAACAGCGAGUAAUUGUGGUUACAUUCGCAUUUCGAUUAAAUAUUCUUGGAUUUUUUACGACUGGAGAUGGAGAAGCUCCCGGAAAUUUUGGACUUUUAGAUCAAGUAGCAGCAUUACAAUGGGUAAAGAAAAAUAUUAAAUUAUUUGGUGGUAAUCCAGACAAUAUUUGUUUAUUUGGACACGGAUCGGGGGCGGUUAGUGCAAGUCUACAUUUACUGUCGACUUAUUCUCAAAACUUGUUCCAUAAAGCGAUUAUCAUGAGUGGGAAUGCAUUAUUGCCUACGACAAUUACGGACCCACAGGCUGAUAUUCAAAGGGUGUUUAAAGCUAUAAAUUGGCACUUUGGGUGUGAUAUUGCUCCCACAUCGAAACUAAUGCAAUGUUUACGAUUAGCGAAUCCAGAGAUUCUAGUAAAUUCCAUCAGUCCUUUAUCGUCAUGGGGCCCAAUUGUCGAUACACUUUUACGGAAUACUUCAAAACCUGUAAUUGCUGAAGAUCCGCGUAAUUCAUUUGAUAAUGGUGAUUUUAUGCAAGUGCCAAUUUUAACAGGCUACACGGAAAUGGAAAAUGCAUUUGAAUUGGAAGAGCUAGAUAUUUUUAGUGAUGAUGGAAAUGUAACUCUUGAACAAUUUGAAACAGCUGUAGAAAAUUUAAUUAAAGUUGACAUCACUGGAGAGGGAAAUACUUCCAUUUGCUCCGCAAAUAAAGAACAUAUAAUGGAUACAGUAUUAUUUUACUACCGACCUACAAUUAUGGCUAAAAAAGAUUUUGUUCCACAAAAGGUGAUAAUCGAUAUGGCAACUGAAAAAAUUUAUGGCUCUACAACAUUUUUACAAGCUGAUUUAAUCAGUCAAUAUGUGGACGAUGUUUAUGUGUAUCGGUUCGAUCAUAAAGUAAAAACUGAAGUCGCUUUGGAAGAUUAUCCAAGCUGGGUAACAGCGCCACAUUAUUUUGAUUUAAUAUACAUAUGGGGCUUACCAUAUUGGUCAAAUAAAUUAGAUUGGGAUUCUGGUGAUAAAUUAACUUCUGAUAUUUUAAUGAAUUUGUGGACUAAUUUUGCAAAAUCAUCAAAUCCUACAAAAAGUAGUAUCUAUCCAAUUAAAUGGGAUAAGUUCUCUUCAAGUAAUCCAAAAAUGUUAAUUAUUGAUCGAUAUUUUAAUAUGUCUGAUGAAACUCGAGUUGAUUAUAAAGCAUUUGAAUUUUGGAAUGAUUAUUUUCCGAAAGUUGUGAAAACUGAUUCAGGAUGUUGUAAUGCUAGCGCAUACAACAAUUUUGCUUCAGCAAAUGUGGACAUGCCACCCAAAUAUGUGCUUCUAUUUUGUACGAUUCAUAUUUUAUUGUAUUAUUUACAAAAACUCAUUUUACAAAGUUAUGAAUCCUAAAUCAAUUCUAAACAAAUAUAUUCUCCUCUAUUUUGAAAUAAAAAUUUUUCUAAAUAGAUAAAUCUAUUUUUGACAAAUGUUUGCCCCCUCCC